AUGGGAAUUAAAAUUUCAACACCCGAUAUUCAUUCGUCCCUCUCCGAAGAUGACGAAUCAACACAAAAUACCAGCAAUGGCAUUGAAGUCUUAUUGAGAGGAAGCAACCAUCAGUUGUUAUCAGGAGUUGAUUUGGUCAAGUCAUCCCCACAACAACAACAAUUAAAUUUGGCCAGCUCGUCAACGCAAAAUCUUUGUCAUCACAAGAUCAAUGCUGCUGUGAGUAGUAAUAACAUGCUUCAUGAUGAUUCAUCAUCGUCAUCAUUCUUGCAGAGGAAAAGGUCAAAAAGCGUUUCUGAAACCACCAACGCUACAGAACCUCAUCAUCAGCAGCCCUGCUCAACCCGAUUAACCAUCCCUGAUUUUACUCUUUCCGCUCCUCCUCCGAAUUCAAGCCAUGGCUUGGCCAAUCACUCAACCAAUUCCACACACAACAAUAUCACCACUACUCUCUCUACAAGCACUCAAAACAUCAUCAUCAACAACAACAUUAGUACCCACGUGAUAGCCUCAUCCUUCACAUCCUCGCCCAUCUCUAGCGAUAGAAAAAAACAUUCCCGUAGUCAUUCUUUCAAUUUUUUCAAAAGUAGCACAAAGGAAAACAAUGAUGAGGAUGAAGAAGAAAACAAUGAUGAGAUAAUUUCCACGCUAAAGAGUGCUUCGGGAAAGAGCUUUCUUCAAAAUAAUAAUACGCCAUCUUUGAAUCAUCAUCACCAAGUGGUCAUUCCGCCCCUUCAAAUUACCAUGAAUGAUCGUCCAUAUCAGCAAGAACAAAACGAUAAUAAGGCAUCUCCUCACUCUAUUAGUAGUAGUAGUAUGAAUAGAAGUAAGAGUUUCAGAUCCCUCUCGAUUGCUUCCUUAUUAAGCAUUGGAAUGAACAACAAUAGUUCUUCUCAACAACAACUACAACAACAACUGAAUAAUGGAGGAUUGCCGCCUUCCGUUACUGGAGAAAAAACACCACGAGGAGCACAGUAUAGUAUUUAUUCAAAAGCAAUGGCCAAUAUGGUGAGUCCGAGAGAGAAGAAUUUAAAUAGAAUUGAAAAUUGUAGACUUGUGGUACUUGUUGGAGGUAUUGACAGUGGAAAAACCACACUCCUUCAACAAAUGAGAAGUCACAAUUUUACCUCCUCAGAAUUGAAAUCCAUUCGUGAUUCGAUUCUCAUUUAUUGUAUAUAUUAUUUGAAAGUCUUGGUCUCAUCUCAACACGAAGUGAAUUUGAAUCAUUUACUUCACAACUCUUCUCCUGAAUUUGUGGAAAAUUUCUCAAACUUGUAUCAACAAUUCCAAAACAUGAUUUCGCCCAAGAACGUGAAUUAUCCACACCACCAUCAUCAAGAUUCCAUUUCUCCUAGAGUUUCUCCACAAAUUUCUAGUCCUAACAAUUCAUCAUCCUCUGAUGCAUUCUCUCACGUCCAUUCUACCCAUACCUCGGAUACAAGUAUCGGCAUUUCCAAUUCACAGACUACCUCACAACAACUUGCCAUUAUUUCUCGUCUAUGGAAACAAAAGGAAAUUUUCAAAGUUAUGCAAGCACUUUGGAAACAUCCACUCGUUCAAAAGUCAUAUCGAGAACGAAAUUUAAGAAAAAUUCCAACGCCUCUAUUAGGAGAAAAUAUCGAAUAUUUCUUACAAGAUGGAAGAAUUGAGCAAUUUAAAAAAGUCAACACUAUCACUACUCAAGAUAUCAUACGAGCCAAGACGCUUACUAUUGAAAGUAUGCCAGUGGUCGACUUUACACAUAUCAAUUUAGAGUAUGAUGGUUCGUUCAAAACUCGAAAAUUUCUCUUAUUUGAAACCUUGGGUUGGAGAGAGAAGCGUGACACUCUACUUUUGCAACAAACCUUUCUAGAGAAAUCCAACUUGGAUUGUGUUGUAUUUAUGGUUCCUCUAUCAGAAAUUGAUUUAGUCUGUUUUGAGGAUUUAAUUUCUCCAGGUAGCAGAGAUUCUGUGGUGAAAUUGGGGAAUUCUAAUCGAUUACUCGAUAGUUUGCAAUAUUUUGAACAAGUCCUAACGAAAAUCAAGACCAUACCAGAUGCACAGAGGCAACAACAAAUUCGUAAAGUUCUUCUUUUCACCAAAGUCGAUGUGUUCAUUCAGAAAAUUACAAACGGCGACGCGAUCCAAGCACUUUCGAAAUUCUUCUCAGAUUUUUCUGGCAACAAGACGAACCCUCAACAAGUGUUUAAUUAUAUUCGUGAUCGAUUUGUAUCAGUUCACAAACGUUGUAUUCAGAGUGAAAAUGGUAAUUCCUUACAUGUACCUGAGUUGGCCGUGCAUGUGGUGAAUACUUUGGACUCAUUUGAUCUUAAAGAAGUGUUCGAUUCCAUCACAAUGAACGUGAAAGAAAUGUUUGUCAAUUCUGAAUUAAGCUCCCUCUUCCAAAAAGAAUUCAUUUUCAACAGAAGAAUUCUGUACAAAUGGGAGCACACACAAUUCACGGAUAUUAUGAUAAGAUGUGUCGCCACAUACUCUGAUUUGGACUAUAUCUGA